AUGGCUAAAAAGAAGAGAACAUCCAGAGCCAAGAGCUCUAAAAGAGCCUUGAAUGCUCUAGAGUUGGCAGAAAAAGCUGUUAGAGGUUAUGGAACUGACUCAGAUAGCGAUGAUAAUGGUUACCGAGGUAGAGGCAGGGGUAAAGGACCUACCCGUAGAAGCAAUGUGGUUAACUUAUUAAAAAGAGUAGGAGGUAAAGAAGACGAUGACGACGAAGCUGCAGAAGAUUCGUUUGAAGAUGAGGAAUUGGAUUCAGACGAAGCAUUUGGUUCAGGUGAAGAUUUUGAUGUCAUGGAUUCAAAAUUUUCUCAAACCUUACGUGAUUUGAAGAAGAAAAAUGGCGACGAUUAUGAACUUGACAUAGACGAAGAAGGUGGUUAUACCUCCAUUGAUGAUGAUGAUUUAAUGUCGCUUUCACAAGUCUGGGAUAUGGAUGAAAAACCAAAGAAAACUCAUGAUGCCGACGAUGCUGCUGAUGAUAUAACUACAACAUCUGAAUUCAAAUUAAAUGAUGACGAUAUUUCAUCCCAGUCUUCCGAAUCAUCGAGUUCAGAUGAUUCAGACGAUGGCUCUGAAUCCGAUCCAUUUGAUGAGAUUUCAGAAGACGAAAACGACAUUCAUUUAAAGACUAUUACUGAUGAUCUUUCGAAAAAUGAUGACGGAACUUCCAAAAAGAGAUUAGAUAACUAUGCAGAUGGUGAAGAAGAUGAAUUCAAUUUACCCUCAAUUAGUAGAAUAGGUAUCUCAUCAACUACAUCAAUGGGUUUAGCCGGUAACAAGCUUAACUUAGCUGAUAUGAUGAGUGUUGUGGAAGAUAAAGAAGCAGUUUCAAAAGCAUCUCUGCUUAAAAGUGAUAAUAAACUGACUGUUUCAAUUCCAUUACCUCAAAGAAUUCAGCAAAGAAAUGAACGUAAAGCUGCUUAUGAAAUAUCUAAAGACGAAGUAAAUAAAUGGAAUGACGUCGUUAAACAGAACAGAAGAAGUGAAUAUUUAUCGUUCCCUCUAAAUCCUAAAGUUCAACAUAAUGAAGCAACAACAUUUUCAAGAGCAGACGGUAAGUCUAAAACAGAAUUAGAAGUAAAAGUUAAUGAGAUUUUGAAAGAUAGUUCCUUAGCUGAUCCAGAGAAAGAACAAACAUUUGAACAAUUGGCAACUGCAACAGUUACACCAGAAGAAAUGCAAAAGAGAACAGCUGAAAGAAGAUUAAUGAGGGAAUUAAUGUUCCGUGAAGAAAGAAAGUCAAAAAGAUUAAAGAAGAUUAAAUCAAAAGCAUUUCAUCGUAUUAAAAAGAAAGAAAUGUUAAGAAAUAAAGAAAUGGCAGGCUUAUCUGACGAAAGUGAUACUGACAUGGAUAUUGUUAGGGCUAAAGAGAGAAUGACCCUGAAACAUAAAAGUAAUAACAAGUGGGCUAAGGAUAUGGUCAAACAUGGAAUGUCAAAUGAUGCCAAUACAAGAGAGGAAAUUGAGGAGAUGUUCAAACAAGGUGAAAAAUUGAGACAGAAAAUACUGGAUAGAAAAGACGGAGAAUCUGAUGAAGAUAAAAAUUUAAGUGACUACGAAAGAGAACAGGAAGAUGAAGAUAGCCUUGCCAUUAGUGAUCCUAUGGAUGCUAAAGCUAAAUUUGGCAAAUCAGGUGUUAUGAAUAUGGCAUUUAUGAAAAAUGCAGAAGCAAGAGAAAGAGAAGAUAAUAAAAAGCUAAUGGAAAGGUUAAGAGAUGCUGAAGCUUCAGAACAAAUUACUUUAUUUGCAAGUGAUGACGAAAAUGAAAAUAACGGUGAAAAUGUUAGAUUAAACAAUGGUAGAAGAAUUUAUACACCAGGUAAUCUGCAAGCAAAAGAAGAGAUGGAUAAAAUGAAAGAAGAGCUACUAGAAGAACAAAAAGUUGAUGAAUCUCGUUUGUUAGCUAAUCGUCUUUCAACUAAAAAAAAUGUAAAGAAAGAUAAAACAAAGGCUGACGAUAAAAAAGAAAAAUCGUCAAUAGAAACUUCAAAUGAUACAGUGGAUGCUGAAUCCAAUGCUAACCCAUGGCUAGAUGGAGACAGCGAUGACGAAGCAUACGCGCAUAAGCAAUCAUCUAAGGUUUCUGUCAUUGAAAAGGAUAGCACCGCUGAAAAGAAAGCUUUAUAUAAGUUAGCCAAAAGUACAGCAAAAUCAGACUCAAAAUCUAAAAGCCUUAAAAAUAAAAAUAGAGAUGAAGACCUUCUUUUGGAUAUGGAAGAUUCUAAUAGAUUACAAAUUAAAGAUGCAUUCAAUGGAUCCGAUGAUGAUGAUGCCUCUGACAGUAAAGGAUUCAUGUUCAAGCAACAAGAUGUGAUUGCCGAAGCUUUUGCUGGUGAUAACGUUGUAGCAGAAUUUGAAGAAGACAAAAAGAGAACGGUUAUUGAUGAAGAUGAUAAAGAAGAAGAUGUCACUAUGCCAGGUUGGGGUGAUUGGGCUGGCGCAGGUGCUAGACCAAAGAAGAAAAGAAAGUUCAUUAAAAAAAUCCAAGGUGUUGUCACUAAAGAUAAUAGAAAGGAUAAAAAUCUAAAGAACGUUAUAAUCAAUGAGAAACAAAACAAGAAGAAUUCGAAAUAUCAAUCAUCUUCUGUACCAUUCCCAUAUGAGAACAAAGAGCAAUAUGAAAGAUCACUUCGUAUGCCAAUUGGUCAAGAAUGGACUUCGAGAGCUUCUCAUCAAAAAUUAAUUAAACCAAGAAUUACUACUAAACCUGGUGAAGUUAUCGAUCCAUUAAAAACACUAUUUAAAUAA